UUUUGUCGGUUCCCUUCCUUCUAAAACGAAAACCACUGCUCUUCAUUCCACUGUUUCUACUUUCCAAACACAUAAAGUUACUAAUACUAACCCUAGCAAAACCCAACUCCCCACUUAUGAGAAUAUUACCUUGGCAAUCUCUACUUUUUAUAGCAAAACCACUACAUUUUAUUCUACGAAAUUUUCUUCUACCCUCUGCAUUUCUACUUACAAUGUAGCUCCCCCUCCACCUAAUAAUCCCCCAGCUAAUAAUCCCCCAGCUAAUAAUCCCCCAGCUAAUAAUCCACCAGCUAAUAAUCCACCAGCUAAUAAUCCCCCAGCUAAUAAUCCACCAGCUAAUAAUCCCCCAGAUACUACUAAUCCCCCAGAUCCAGAUAAUAAUCCCCCAGCUAAUAAUCCUCCUGCUAAUAAUCCACCAGCUAAUAAUCCACCAGCUAAUAAUCCCCCAGCUAAUAAUCCACCAGCUAAUAAUCCCCCAGCUAAUAAUCCCCCAGCUACGCCUACUGAAGCUGCGGCUACCUCUGCUCCCCUAUCUGGCACCACUACUACCCCCCCAGUUAGCACCGAACAUACUUCUGGCACAGAAAAAUUGCUCUAUAUUGUAUCAGUUUUUACAGGGCUUUCUUUUGUUUGUUCCGCUAUUUGCACUUUUAUUCUUUGCCGUGUUCAUGAAUUAACACAAUAA